CAGUCCGCAGUUUACGGCUCACUCGGCGUUUCUCAAGUUUCAGUCCGGCGCGUUUGUGUUGUCAGGCAGAAAGAAACAGCAGCCAGAGCAGCGUGUGUCCUCACACAUAGACAAAAGCUCGUUGAUGUGCUGCCUGUUCUACAGUAGUUAGUUAGAUAUUAAUCUUUUUUUAAUCAAUCUUGCUACAAUGUCUGUGGGAAUCGAGUCUGGAUUCUCGAGUGAGGAGGUGUUGAACUCCCGCUUCCCCCUGCACCGGGCGUGCAGGGAUGGCGAUGUCGGUGCCUUGUGCUCCCUCCUUCAGUGCACCUCAAACCCGGCUGACCUCACGGUGGAGGACACCUUCUACGGCUGGACGCCCAUACAUUGGGCCGCUCAUUUCGGAAAGCUGGAGUGUGUGAUGCGUCUGGUUCAGGUGGGCUGCGGUGUGAACACUGUAACCUCCAGGUUUGCACAGACGCCCACUCACAUUGCUGCAUUUGGAGGCCACCCUGAGUGCUUGUUAUGGCUACUCCAAGCUGGUGCAGAUAUUAACAGACAGGACUAUGUGGGCGAGACGCCCAUCCACAAGGCUGCUCGUGCGGGCAGUCUGGAGUGUAUCAACGCUCUCUUGAUUCAGGGAGCAAAAGCUGAUAUGAGGAAUGCCAGUGGGCUGACUGCUGCUGACCUGGCCCACGCCCAGGGAUUCCAGGAGUGCGCUGAGAUUCUCUCCAAUGCCCAGAACUUCCAACAAAACAUGGCUCAGUCCCAUAACGGAGCUUUUCUGAAUGGCAUGACCCAAAAAGGGGGCCACGCUCACCCCACUAUCCAGGGCCGCAGCUUCUUAAAUUGCGUGCCCAACAGAAAGAGGUCAUUUGAUGGCAUGGAGGCAAACCCAGUGAAGAAGGCUAGACCUAACGGUUUGGGCAUGCCACCAGAAUUGCUGAAUGGGAAUGGGCCACUGGGUGGUGCUGGAGAGGCCCAGAUGGAAAGCAUGACCAUGGAGUUGGCAGCGACUGUAACCUCAGGUGGGCCAGGACCCUUUGCAUUUGGGCUGAAUGGGUUUGCACCACCACAAGGGCCAGGUCCCAUGGAUCAGUGUGAGGACCAGGGGGGACAGAACAGGUCCGGCCCCGCAUCUAAAGAGCUGGAGGUCAUCACUGUGGCAUCAAUGCAGACCCCCUGUCGCUGCACCAACUCUUAUGCCUAUCUGUAGAGAGCUUGCGUGUGUGAGUGAGUGUGUGUGUGUGUGUGUGUGUGUGCGCGUGUGUGUAGUGGCAUACUCUAAUAUUCUCAUUUGUGUAGUAUAUCUUUUUUGUAUCCAGCUAUGUUUUUUUGCAUAUUAUAUGCAUAAAGGCAUAUUCUUGCUCUGAUUUGGUGGUAAGCGACAUUUGAACGAUGUAUAGCAGUGUGUGUAAGCUGUGUUUUCUACUUUUCCGUGUACCUGAUUACACUCGGAUGCAUAAAAGUAGAAAGAUUUCUUUGUCAUACAAGUAUAUUUAAUGCAUCCGUCCAGUUAUACAGAUAAUUGUUGUGUAAUCCUUAUUUUUUAGCUUUAUGAUAAAAGGAUGAUUUUUGUUUUGCACAAUUUUACAGAAAAGUUCUAGAUAACAAAAUGAUUGGCAUUAACUCGGUUGGCUCACUAGUGCAAAUAGAGAUUAUAUUGGCUUUAUGGAAAAAAAAAAAAAUGUUAUCAUGUUAUUAAUAAGUCUUAAUUAUUGUGCAUUGUUGCACAAUAUGAGAAUAAGAAAGGAGAAACUUAAUUCAUCACCUGAAGAUGUCAACAUUCGAACGUACUUGCAUUUCAGUAACAUUUCUUUGAGUAAUUCACAGAUAUUUUACUUAUUUACUUUGUGUUGGAAUGGCUAAAGCUGUUGUACGCUCAUACUAAUCAGUUUAGGAAAAGUGCAAUGUUUCUUUACAAUCUAUUAAGGGAAAUGGCAAAAAAGAGCAGCAUUAGUAUACAAGUGACAUGUAAUAAAAAAAAAAAAAAGUCUAAAUGGUUAAUUGGCAGUUCUCUUUAGGAAUGUUUUUCCCCCGCUGACUUAAUUACAUUUAAAUUCCUCAGGUAUUCAUUUUAAACAAUGCUCGAUUGAUGAGGACAUGUAUUUCAAAAUGAUGUGUGCCGGGGCCUCAGCACUGAUACACACUGAGGAAAUGUCUCCUAAUGUUAAACUGCUACCGCGCAUUAGCUGAUGCAGUUUUUAUAUUUAAGAAUGACCUUAUGCCAAAGCAAAUCCCAACUUGAAUGUAGCUUUUAAAGUAUAAAUAAUUCACUGUGCAGCUUUUCUGUAGAUUGUAGAUGUCAUGUAAGACAUAGUGGUCCAUUGGCUAGGCAUUCGGUUACUCCUGUUAUUUCCUUUGCGUUCAUUGUGGUUGUGUGCUUUACGGAUUUUCAAGUAUGGUGAAAGUUUACUGUGUGUGUGUUAGCAGAGGACUAAAUGUUUUUAAGCAACUAGCAGGGCUUGCACAUCUAUAUGUUAUAUAAUAAAACCCCUUCUUAUUCCGAAAUUGGUAAUCGGCCAUUUUACUUAAAUCUGUAGUUGUAAAUAAGCUCAAGCAACUUUGCAUGGGUUUCUAUACUUUGCAAAAAGCCUUAUUUUUUGAGCUGUAUUUAAUAGUUCAACAAUAACCUAAUGACAAUAUUUUCAACUUUUACUGACAUCAGUAAGGGAAAUUCUUUCUUCCUGUUUUUGUAGUAGUAUUUCAUGUUGCAGGUGGUGUCUGUUUAUUUUGUUUUACAUGCCAGAAAGAUUGAGUGUACAGUCAUUCAAGAUGGAGCGUUGAGUGAUUAGUACUGAGCAGGUGUAGCUUUGUACUUGAUUAUGUAAAAUCAUUAAAUGUUAAAUUUUAUAAAUGUCA